CGCGCGGCGGCGGCGCGCGCCGGGCUGCGCCUCGUGCUCCUCAACACGCCGCCCGGAGACUCUGACAAGGGCGAGAUGGGCCUGGGGGCCGUGCCCGGGCGCCAGGCCGCCUUCCGCGAGGGCCUGGCCCUGGCCGUGCAGUACGCCAGGGCUGUGGAGUGCCCCAGGAUCCACCUGAUGGCUGGGCGGGUUCCCCUGGGUGCGGAGCGGGCAGCAGUGGCUGGUGAGAUGGAAACCACCUUCAUUGAGAACCUGCGCUACGCGGCUGACAUCCUGGCCCAGGAGGACAUGAUUGGACUGAUAGAGCCCAUUAACAGUCGUAUCACUGACCCUCGCUACUUUCUGAACACCCCGCACCAAGCUGCUGCCAUCUUGGAGAAGGUGGGACGGCCCAACCUGAAGCUGCAGCUGGACAUCUUCCACUGCCAGAUCAUGGAUGGGAAUUUGUCACGCAACCUGGAGACGUACUUCCCGCUCAUAGGCCACAUCCAGAUUGCGCAGGUGCCAGGGCGGCACGAGCCCGACAGCCCCGGGGAGCUCAMUUUCCCCUACCUCUUCCAGCUCCUGGAGUCCCUGGGCUACAGCGGCUACGUGGGGUGCGAGUACGCGCCCAGAGGAGACACCGUGGAAGGUCUGGGCUGGCUGCGCUCCUACUGGGAGAGCCGAGGCCUGCAGCACGGAGAGACCAGAAAGACAAAGGAAUAAAACACAAUGGAAUCACUGGAAUAAAAGUCGAAUCAAUGGCCCUAACGGAAAA